GGCUGGGCAAUGUCACGUAUACAGCUUUCCUUCCUGGUCACUACUCACAUCACAUCCUGCAAGCAGAGGGGUUAGGUUAGACGGUUCGAGCUUCCAUCCACGAGCUGUUCUGUUCUUGGCAGUUGGGAUCAUCCAGUAGCUAGCUUGGCUGAAGGUCGAAAAAAGUUUCAUAUGAGUAUCUCUGAAUUGUGACGAUUCUAUCAUCUUUCUGCUCUUGCGAGGGAAAAUGGUGCGGUUCUCGUGGAGGACACUGCCGGUCGGACUCUGGAACAGUAAAAUGCUGGACAAAAGAUUGCAGGGAUGCCUGCUCCUGCUCAUCUUUCUUCUCACAAAAGCAUCAGGCAGCCUUUCUGAAACCAUAAUCAAUCCAGAGCAAGCUUUGGCGCCGACCUUGUCGGACUCAGUGGAGCUCAGCCUCGAAGGCAAGAGGCGGUCGCUGGCGACGGGGAGCAGCGGCAUGUUCUGCGUGGCGCUGCAGGGCGCGGACCCGGCGGCGCUGCAGGUGGGGCUGAACUGGGCGUGCGGCCAGGGCCACGCCGACUGCACGGCGAUCCAGCCGGGAGGGCCGUGCUACAAGCAGAACAACCUGCCGGCGCUGGCGUCCUACGCCUACAACGACUACUACCACAAGAACGCCAACGCCGGCGCCAUCUGCAGCUUCAACGGCACCGCCACGACCACCACCACUGAUCCUAGCUCGGGGCAGUGCGUCUUCGCGGGAAGCUCCAUGGCAGGAGGCAGCACGCCGACGGCGAGCGCCCCCAGCGGACUCGCCCCGCCGUCCUCGUUCACGCCGGGCACGGGUGGCUUCGGCAACGGAUCGACCUUCGGAAGCCCCACGGGUGCCCUGAUCCCUCUGGACGGCGCGGAGAGCCUCCUGUCCGGCGCCCGGCGGGUGCUCUGCGCGAUGCUGCUGGUGUUGCCGCUCUUCUUCUUUUGACCGGCACCAGAUGUGAAUUAAACUGAACUAUGGGACAGGGAGGAUCACUACUUGCUAGAGCGUUACUGUUACAUGUUUUGUUCUUGAGUAGAUCGCUUGUGUGGGUGUAAAUGUCAUGUCAAAAUCACAUUGGAUAUGUUUGGAUAUGUACAUCGAUCAAUCGUGGACUUCGUCA